CUCUCUGCCUCGGAAAGCGCUCCCCGGGUGACGCACGUCAGCAUGUCUGCGGCUCCGCGCGCUCAGCUCUUCCUGCUCUUCCUCUCCUCGUGCACGGGGCUCGCGCGCUGCGUCCAGGAUAACGACGCCUCAGACGGAUUCUAUUCUUUUCUCACUUUGUCCCAGAAAAGAGAAUCAGAGGAUUUCAUUUUCCGCCGACCUCUACGAUGCCUGGACAUGCUGGCCACCGAAGGUCAUUUCACCUUCACUGCAUCGCGUCCACAACUGGCCUGUGCUGCUUUCAUCAUAGCUGAGCCCAAUGAGGUCAUCAGUGUGGAGCUCUCUGACGUCAGCGUCGACUGCAGUGCUGGAGACUUCAUAAAGAUUUUUGACGGCUGGGUCCUGAAAGGGGAGAAGUUCCCCAGCACUCAUGAUCAUCCUCUCCUUCCACACGAGCGCUACACGGAUUACUGCAGCUCUAUGGCGCCAGCAGUCUCCAUUCGAUCCUCUCAGAACGUUGCCAUGGUCUUCUUUCGCAUUCACAGCCCUGAUAGCGGCUUUACCCUCGCCGUCAAAAAGCUGCACAACCCUAUGCCCUGUAACAUCAUGUCUCAGAGUCCAGAGGGCAGCUUCACCAUGGUGAUGCCACAUCAGCGCAGGAACUGCAGCUUCUCCAUCAUCUACCCCGUGGAGAUCCAACUGACAGAUCUCAGCCUAGGGGACGCCAAAAGCAAUGAAAUCAGGCCAUUGAGACAGAUGUGGUCGGGCUGUUCAGGGUCUGGUGAUUAUGUGGAACUGCUUGGAGGGAAUGGCGUGGACACCUCUAAGAUGUUCCCAGUAGCUGACCUCUGUUUCUCCCUCAGUGGUCUUGCCCAGAUGAAGAUUGGCUGCGAUAACUCCGUGGUGAGGCUGGUGUCCAGUGGGAACUAUAUCAAUCGCGUUUCCUUCCAGUAUAGACUACUGGAUCAAAAUGAGAUCCCCAAAACCCGAGAGAACAGUCUGGAUAACUUCUGCACUGUUGGAUGAGAUUGCUCUCAAACACAAAAAUACACAUAUACACACAGACAAACAAACGUGUGAGCAGUCACACAAUCAUACAAUUCAGUCUCUGUAAAAUAUUCACACACAUUAAUGAACAUGUAUAAUUUAACUAAUGCUGUCAGUAAGUAGUUUGCAUUGUAUUUGCCAGAUGUUUUAUUUGGAGAGCCAGUUACGUUAACUUUGAUUAUAAUAUAUUUAUUUAAAGAAUAAUGUCAUUCAUCUCACAUUUACAGAUGAUGUGUUCUUUCUUAUCUAUUGAGUUAUUUGACAUCAAAAUAUGUGAAACAUUGUAUAUCUUUGUUAUAAUUUUAAUUUCUUUUGGCUUUACUUUAGCAACAGGUCACAUCCCUGCUGUCUUUUAUCUUUAUAUUGCCUUGACAAAUGAAAAAUAAAUACAACUUGCAUGAUUAAGCAA